CCCCCCCGGAAAUCGUUCCUGGAUAUCGUCCUAUCCUUCCCCCACGCUCUCUCUUUCGCACGCUCUCUUCUUGUGCUGUUCUUGGAUUUUCUGUGCCUUAGUUUUCCUGAUUAUUGAGCCCCAUUUCCUUCCGAUUCUCGGUUCUUCCUUGGCGUCGUUUAACGGGAUUCAUGGGCUCGGCGGGUGAGUUCCUCUGCCUGUUAGGCAGUUUGCUAUGACUGCACAUCCAUGGAGGUUAUUGAAGCUUUCCCUCCCCGCUUUGCUCUGGGGUGCAUCCCUCGGCGAGCGAGCCUUUGGUGCUGGGGGAGGUUUUCGUUGCCGAACUCCUCCUCUCCGUAUUGGUACCAUCGAGGACCCUUGCAGAAUUUUCCUAAAACCUCUUUCUGUAAAGAGACUGUUCAGCAUUAUUUUAGGGCUCCCUUGACAUUAGCACGAAAAGGUAGUGAUGGUGCAGGGUAUGGACUCUGUAAAGUACUAUGGAGCAUAGAGGCUUAUGUAUCUGAAGGCCAUCUUUUGUAUGUAUCUGGUGAUUGUUUAGCCUUAGGCAGCUGGGAUCCGAAAUUGGCUAUUGCAAUGUCUCCUUGUGAAGAUCAACCCUGCUUGUGGAUGAUGGAAAUAGAGGUUCCUUGUGGUCUAAACUUGAGAUACAGUUAUUUCACCAAAGAAGCAAAAUCCAACUUUUCUGAUGUUGUUUGGAAACCAGGACCUGAGUUUUCCUUGUCUGUACCGCAACACUGCAGUGCCACACAUGGCAAGAUCAUGGUUAAUGACUCUUGGAUGGAAGCUAGAAGUGACAGGUUUCCAGCUCUUAUGUGGGGAUCAUGGCUCAGGGAACUCGAUGAUAUUCAGUUGCCCACAGAAUUGGAUCAAUCUCUUUUGCCAAGUACAGGUAGUUGGAGCAUUUUGGAAAGUCUUAAGUUUGAUGGUGAAGAAUGGCAUGCAUGUUCAGAUUAUAUUCCUGAUUUGAACAAGGCAUACACCACUGAUAAUGAAGGGUCAGGUGACAGUAUUCAUUCAGAAAGAAGGUUGGAUAAAUAUUCUUUUGUGGAUGGUCUGUUUGUUGAGGAGCCAUGGUUCAUUCAGCUCCCUGCUGUGUUUCGUGAUUUAGUGGGUGAUAAAGUAACUGAUCAAGUCUCUGGAGAAUGUGACCUCCUUGAGUUUCCUGAUGAUGGAGUGGCUGGCAAUACAGAAAAAGAGGCAGUUAGAAAAGAAAGUAAACCAACUCAGAUUGUGCAGUUUGUCAAUACUGUUAUAUUGAUCAAUUCUUCCAUUUGUACUAUGCAAAGAGUAGCCAUUUUAGAAGAUGAAAAACUGGUUGAAUUGUUACUAGAACCAGUAAAAAAUAAUGUACAGUGUGGUAGUGUUUAUCUUGGUGUGGUUACAAAACUUGUUCCCCAUAUGGGUGGUGCUUUUGUGGAUAUUGGUACUUCCCGACCUUCACUUAUGGAAAUAAAGCUAAGCAGGGAGCCAUAUGUCUACCCUCCAUUCCGUUGUACAGAUAAAGGGACUGAAGAUGAUUUCUCAGAGAUGGAGCUUCAGCAUGGCUCUUUGCUGCAUGAAGAUCCUGAGGAGCAGGAAGAUGAAGAAGAUGAGCUUGAGACUUCAGACUCCUUGAAGUGGAAAAGAAUUGCAGGUACAGAUACUUGGACUGGUGGAUCCCUUGGCGAGCCUGAAUUGGAAGACUGUUUUGGGGGGAAUGUUCAGCAUGUAGAGACUGAACUCGCUAGUGAACUUCCAGUUCUAGCAUCACAUAAUUGUGAUGAGGUUACACAGUCUCAUCAUGCUGCACCAGCUAAGGUAAUGAAUCCAUUGAAUGACAAUUUUGCUUCUAAUAAGUGGAGGAAUGUUCAGAAAGGCACCAAAGUGAUUGUGCAAGUUAUCAAAGAGGAGCUUGGUACGAAAGGUCCUGCUCUAUCUGCUUAUCCAAACUUAAGAAGCAGAUUCUGGGUGUUGAGCACUCGUUGUGCAAGAAUUGGGGUUUCAAAGAAGAUAUCAGGACUUGAAAGGACACGGUUGAAACUCAUUGCUAAAACACUGCAGCCUCCUGGUUUUGGAUUAACUGUAAGAACUGUUGCAGCUGGACAUUCAUUGGAGGAAUUGCAAAAGGACCUGGAGGGUUUGCUUUCUACAUGGAAAGAUAUAGUUGAACAUGCACAAGCUGCUGUUCUUGCUGCUGAUGAGGGGGUUGAUGGUGCAGUCCCUGUCAUUUUACACAGAGCAAUCGGUCAAACAUUAUCUGUUGUGCAAGAUUAUUUCAAUGAGAAGGUCAGCAGCAUGGUUGUUGAUUCUCCCCGGACAUAUCAUGAGGUUGCUAGUUAUCUUCAAGAAGUUGCUCCAGAUCUGUGCGGAAGAGUUGAGUUAUAUACCAAAAAAGUUCCUAUAUUUGAUGAAUAUGGUAUUGAAGAGGAGAUCAACAAUAUCCUGAGUAAAAGGGUUCCACUUCCAAAUGGAGGCUCGCUAGUCAUUGAGCAAACUGAGGCCUUAGUUUCAAUUGAUGUGAAUGGGGGCCACGGGAUGCUUGGUCAUGGGACAUCACAACAACAAGCUAUCCUUGAUGUUAAUCUUGUUGCAGCAAGGCAGAUUGCAAGGGAGUUACGUCUCAGGGAUAUUGGUGGCAUUAUUGUCGUUGAUUUUAUUGAUAUGCUUGAUGAAUCAAAUAAAAGAUUGGUAUACGAGGAAAUCAAGAAAGCUGUUGAGAGGGACCGGUCAUUGGUGAAAAUUUCUGAAUUGUCUAGACAUGGCCUAAUGGAAAUAACAAGAAAAAGGGUCCGUCCAAGUGUUACAUUUAUGAUUAGUGAGCCAUGCAGUUGCUGCCAUGGUACUGGACGUGUUGAAGCCUUAGAAACAUUGUUUUCCAAAAUUGAGCAUGAAAUAUCCCGCUUACUUGCUACAAUGACUGAGAAGCCCAAUACUGAAAAUGCAAAGUCGUGGCCUAAAUUUGUUUUAAGAGUAGAUCGCUACAUGUGCAACUAUUUGACCUCCGGAAAGAAGACUAAGCUUGGAGUCCUUAGCAGCUCUCUCAAAGUGUGGAUUCUUCUAAAGGUUGCAAGAGGUUUUGGUCGGGGAGAAUUUGAGGUCAAGGCAUUUGCUGAUGGUAAGGUCAAUGAUGAGCAUGAGCCGGCAACUAUUUCCAGGCUGCAUUCAACCGCACCUCGUUCUUACAUGCCAAAUACAAAAUUAACUCUGUUUCCAGUGAAGAAAUUGAAGGGACAACGUAGAUGAAAUUAACGCUGCAACUAUGUUUUUCAAGUACUUAAUAUCAAGGUCGCAGGGCACUCACAACUUAUUUGGGACUGCUGGCUGUAGCUACAGGUUUGUUGAAUCACCUAUCCCUGCUUACCUAUGGUGCAUAUCCUUUUUUCAGGUAUUGGCUAGGAGCUAUAUUUGAAAAUUUUAAUGUACUAUUAGGAAUGAGAUCCGCAGUCCAGUUCUUGUAGAUGUUAUUUUGUUGUAUUCAAUUUUUCCUCUAGAUGUUUCAUCCCGUAGGACAAGAUCCCAGUGAAUUCUAUUUUUGUGACUUCCCAAGGAGUAGAGGAAGACACAAUCGGGAAAUGCUGUCAUGUGUCCAGGUAAAUUUCGUUUCUAACUCUGCUGCAUGGCAGUAUUAAGGAUGUAUAUUUUUGUUCGGUAAAUUUUCUUGGGGGUAUUACUAACUGAUAAAGUUAGAUAUCUGAAGCUCUGAAGUAAACUGUGCACACACUCUUGAGUUCU